GGUGAUUAGACAAUCAUUAGAUCCAAUAAAACAUUGCUGGUUAGCGCCUGGUUAACGUUUGACCAGGACAGGAUGGAGCUGCUCAGAUCAGUCUGACGAGUGUCUCAGUUGAUCUCUCCUUUAAGGCUGUGAUAAUGACACCCAUGGUGCAUCUGUUGUUGCUCCCGCUGCUGUUCAGCAUUGCUGGUGGGAAGGAUCUGGAGGAGAAGAAGGGCCCCUUUGAGAACACAGUCCUGGAUGUGCCAGAGGCGACUCCAGUGCCCUAUCCUUUGUAUCAGUUUCAGGUGACAGAUCCACACGUUAAUGACUUCAGGCUGAGUGGAGAAGAUGUGCAAGAUAUUAGUAUUUCAAAGGAUGGGUGGCUUUAUCUGGAACAACCUCUGGACUGGUCGCGAGAGAAGCAGUUCACUAUCAUGGUGGAGGCACUGGCAGAUGAAGAAGUGGUGGAGGGCCCGAUUGAUGUGACCAUAAAUGUUUUGGAUGUCAACAACAAAGCACCGUACUUCAACCAGAGUGUCUACACAGCUGUGGUUCGGGAGAAUACCCCAGCAGCUGUCCCAUUUAUCCGAGUGUUUGCAACGGAUCAGGAUGACCCGGAGACUCCAAACGCUCGUCUGAGAUACAGCCUGGUCAGCGAGAUCCCCAGCAUACGAGACACAAAGCUGUUUCAGAUCAACCCCGACACUGGAGAGAUCUCCACCACAGAGCAAGGGCAGCUGCUGCUAAAGGCAAGGGAGGGCAUCCAGUAUGCCAGGGGAGAAGAUCGGAGCAUUGAAACUCUGAAGAGAAAGUUCGAUGACUACUGUUCGGUGCACGAGGUCCCCUACGAACAGAACCCCUUCUUCACCUGUGUGCAGAGAGCAGAGAUGAGACGGCAGAACUUGGACCCCCUGGAAGACCCAGACUACACCCUGUUUGUGCGCGUGCAGGACCUGGAAGGAGCUUCGCAGAAUGCUCUAAGUGGAAACAGCAGAGUCCAGAUUGCUGUGCAGCAAAACCUGUGGAAGAAUCCCGGACCCAUACGCAUUAAAGAAAACUUAGAGGAAACAUACCCACUAACCAUUGCUAAGGUCCAGUCUAAUGACCCUGAUGCCAGAUACGUACUGGUCCAAAAGGAGCGAGAGCUGAAAUUCCCCUUUGAGAUCACACAAAAUGGAGAAAUAAUGGUGACAGAGAAGCUGGACAGAGAAAUCAAGGAGAGGUUCAUCCUGGUGGUGCUCGCAAAGGAUGAAAAUGACAACGAAGUGGAUCCACCGAUGGAGAUUUACGUGUUGGUGGAGGAUGUGAAUGACAACGCACCUGUGUGCGAUGAGGUGACUGUGUUUGAGUUCCAGGAGAAUGAGCCUGUAGGUGGCCUCGUAGGAGAGCUGCUGGCUCAUGAUAGGGACAAAGAGGGGACACUGAACUCUAUUUUGACUUACACCAUCUUGUCCCAAAAUCCACCCACCGCCUCCGAAACCUUCUCCAUCGAUGAUGCUUCUGGAACAAUUCGUACACUGCGCUUGCUGCGGCGAAGGGAACAUGCGGUCUACAACCUCAAUGUCCAAGUCAGUGACGCAGUCUUCAGCACGAAUUGUAAGGUCGUCGUCAAGGUCAUUGAUGUCAACGACGAGCUGCCCAAGUUUGAGGAGAAUGAUUACGGCAAUGAGACUCUGGCAGAGGACACUCCUCUGGGACACACACUUCUGACCAUUAAAGCGACAGAUAAUGACGACCCAGACACCGGCAGCUCGGAGAUCCAGUUCAUCAUCUCUGAAGGAAACACCGACGACGUCUUUGCCGUGGAAACUGACGGCAAAGGUGUUGGUUAUCUGGUUCUGGCUAAGCCUCUGGACUUUGAGACCUCUCCCAGUUACAGGCUCCAGAUUGAUGCUCGUAACCCAGAGCCACUGAUGGAAAGUCUCGAGUAUGGCAGCGAGUCCACCGCCUUUUUCUCUGUGUCGGUCAUCGAUGUAGACGAGGCUCCAAAGUUCAGCAUGGACAUCCUGGAUGUGACCAUAUAUGAAAACAUCACCAAAGGAUCCGUGCUGCUCACUGUGCAGGCAAAGGACCCAGAGGGCAAAGAGAUCGGAUAUAAGCUGGAUGGCGACACUCAUGGCUGGCUGGAGUUGGAUGCUGCCACAGGAGAGAUCAGGACCAAAGAAACACUGGACAGAGAGAAGGUGGACUCGUUCAAAGUCACUGUCACUGCCUUCGAGAAGGCCAACCCGGAGAAGUCCACUGAGCGUGACCUGCAUGUAAGGCUGUUGGAUGUGAACGACAACGUCCCCAAACUGGUUGAGAGCCAGGCCUUCAUCUGCGUGAAGAAUCCCAAACCUGUUCUCAUAAAGGCCGAAGACUCAGACAGCGACCCUUUCUCCCAGCCGUUCACUUUCAGCUUUGGCACCAAAACCGGGAAAUCUCCCAACUGGGAGCUGCACCAAGUUGACGAUACAACAGCUGAACUGAAACUGAAGAAACCACCAUCUCAAGAUAAAACCUUCUCACUUCCCAUUACCGUUAAAGACAAAGCAGGUGUAGGAGUCCCACAGGCAUUUGAGGUGAAAGUAUGUAACUGCACAGAGCUGGGCUACUGCUACAUCGCACCAGAAGGAUUGGCGCUCGGAUAUGGAACGGGACCCACCAUUGGGAUCCUGGCUGGCAUUCUGGGAUUCUGCGUUAUUGUGUUCGUUGUAGUGAUCAAACGCAUCAACAAAAAGAGCCAAAGAAAAGCCCAGGCCGAGGAGGAGGAGAGGAAUGCCAUGAUGUAGACAUGACGCAGAUGGUUUCCGAGUCUCUUAUUUAUAUGUGCCAGUAACACAAAUCAGAAAUUAGCCUCCAGGGGAUCAACAGUGUGUACAAUGUUUGAGAUAGGAGGAAAAUUCUCCACCCAGAGCCUUAAACCAGUCUUCCUGCUCGGUCCUUAUCUUAAUUAUAACUUAGAUUCUUAAAACCAGACUAGACUACACACGCAACUUGGGAUUAUUUAGAUUUAAAUUCUCACCUGUCUAUUAAAUAAGAUAAGACAGGUACACUGACCCAUAAAAUAUCUGUGGUAAAAAACUCCAGGCCUGAAACUCAAAUGAGUCCUCGCACAUCUACUUUAGCUUAUUUUAUUAUAUUUACAACAUGAACAUUAUUAACAAAUGCUGUGCAUACCUUAAUUAAUCUGUUAGGUGGUCCCAUGCUAAUCACUCAUUUGUUGAAUAAAUAUAUUAUGAUUUCACUGCCAGACUCUGGCCGGUUCAUUAGCAAUUUCAUCAUCUCCCACCAUUUAAUUAUAUAUAUAUAUUUUUGGGCCCAGACACUUUGUGUGUUACUCUCUUACCUACCUUGACUGUAACAGCUAACUGUUAAACGUUGUGUAACACCAAACUCAAACAGAUCACUUGUGUCACGAACAACUUUGGUUUUUUUUGGUUUUUUUGUAAAGUUCGUUUACUGCUCUGUUUCUCAAUAAACGACAAAAACUGGGGACCA